AUGCCAUCAACUAGUCAUUUCGGACUUUUCGCUGCCAGCAGACGGGCCACUAGCCCAGAUACCAGCUCGUUCGACACCAAGUCCCUGCUCGAGUCGCUCGGUACUCCUGAUUCUGCCAUCCACAAAAACGCGGACAGCAUGCUGGGUGAUCAGUCGACUCAGCCCUCUAACCCUGUGAAGGAGAAGCCUACUGGUAGUGGCAGCACGAAUUCAGUUGUGGCCUGCGUGAAGGAUCCCGAGGAUCAGCUGGAGGCAGCCGAGCAGCGCCUCUGGGAUGAGGUCAAGGAAAUCAUCGCCACGUUCGGCCCGCCCGUGGGAGCGGUGAAGAUCAAGAUUCCCAGCAGCAAGCAGCACAUCCUCGUCCACAGCUGUCUUCUCAUCGGAAAGUCAGCUUUCUGUCGUGCGGCACUGGCAAACAACUCUGCCCAGGGUAAAACCCGGACAUUGGCACUGCCCAUUUCCACUUCCACCACCUUGGCUCACUUCUUGAAAUGGGUGUACAGCGACACUGUCCUCCCCGCGCACGGAACGCUCUGCCCAUGCUGUGCCGAACGCGGCGUGUCGUGGCCGCAAUUGGUGAACCUCUGGGUCUUUGCCAGUAACAUGGGCGUGCCCAAGCUGCAGAACCACGCCAUCGAUAUCCUGAUCAGCAAGAUGAACAGCUACCUCGAGUUUGACAAUCGCUCCGAGGGUGAGAUCGCUCACAUUCGCGCCGCCUUCAGCCUGCUCUGGCCUGGCAAGAAUCAGGCCCAGGCUCAGAUGGCACAAGGCGAUGCCGACAAGCCGCUCCGCAAGUUUAUGCUUGACUGGUUUGCUAAUCCCCUGUACCAAACCAAGGCUGAGGCCGAUCAGCUCUGGGCUGGUGGACUGUCUCGCAGCUUCUACAGAGACUACGCUUUCUACGCCAUGGAGAAAAACUUCUCCCUGGGAGAUGAUGAGUUGGAUGAUGAAGUCGAUUCCAAUUUGCACAUCAAGGCCAUGGAGGAAGUGACGCGUCACAAAUUGGGAUGCCUCUGGAAGAUCAAGCCAGAGACCUAUUACGUCGACGACAAGACAUUUGCAGCUCCUGUUGCCAAGAAGAAAUAG